UCACUCGUCUCCUUGUGGUGGAAGCUGGGCUACAGCGACAGUUUACGUCUACUCCCGCUCAAAAGAGGCGGGAGAGGUCACCACCGCAUGCUGUAGCAUCCGCACGCUCCUUGUACUUCUGCUGCAGGUUCUGAUACUCCAAUUAAUUGGCUCACUUCGAAUUUUUAGCUCCAAGUUUUCUCCUACUCCACAUAUCUGCCGUUUAACUGAUUGAUCUGGAAUCCAGACAUGGAGAGCGCUGGUGCAACAUCUGAGGCUUCCGUCCGUCGCCCGCAGAAGAAGGCUAGGGUUUUGGAAUCGUCGGACGGCGGGCCGUCGAAAUCGAGCGGGUCGAACCCGGAUAAGAAUGAUCGUGUGCCUGCUGAUGGAGAGCAGUUGUCUGGUGAUGAUGGUGAUGGUGACUGGCUCUUUGAUGGGUCUGGAAAUCGUUCGCCGAAGGCAAGGAGGAAACGGGGUCCGUCGGCCAAGGUUGUGGGAGCUAUGGAGGACUGGAAACUUAUUGAGAUUGUCAAGUAUAAUGGCAAACUCAUCCCGUAUGCUGUUAAAAAGUUGGUUGAGCGAUACGAAACAGACCCUAAAUCUGCAUUGGUGGAUAUUCUGAUGCUGCUUUUUGAGGCAUGUGGUGCUAAGUAUCAGUUUCAUGUGGAUAGCAUUGAAUCUACUGAUGUGGAUAAUGUGGUAGUAAAGCUUGUAGAGCUUGCUAAUGCUGGAGAAGUUGAAGAUCUCUAUACCUCCAAGCGGAAGGAGCUCAAAAACUUCAAGGAAAACCUUGCAUUAUUUUGGGACACUUUAGUUCUUGAGUGUCAAAAUGGGCCAUUAUUUGAUAAUAUUUUAUUUGAUAAAUGUAUGGACUAUGUCAUUGCAUUGUCAUGUACGCCUCCUAGAAUUUAUCGCCAUGUGGCCACACUUGUGGGCCUUCAGCUCGUCACUUCCCUUAUAGCAGCUGCUAAGAUACUAGCAGGCCAGCGUGAGACUACUCAGAGACAGUUAAAUGCUGAAAAGAAGAAACGGAGUGACGGGCCUCGGGUGGACUCAUUGAACAAAAGAUUAACCCAGACCCACAAAGUGAUAAGUGUCAUAGAAGAGAUGAUGAGGAAACUAUUCCAAGGGUUAUUUAUGCACCGAUACCGAGAUGUUGAUUCAGACAUUCGAGUUUCUUGUAUUAGAUCUCUUGGUGUUUGGAUCUUGUCAUACCCGUCACUAUUCUUGCAGGAUUUAUAUUUAAAAUAUCUUGGGUGGACUUUAAAUGACAAAGUUGCUGCUGUCAGAAAAACUUCUGUCCUGUCCUUGCAGAACCUUUAUGAAGUGGAUGAUAAUGUUCCAUCUCUCGGCCUUUUUACUGAAAGAUUUUGCAACAGAAUGAUUGAACUUGCUGAUGAUAUUGACAUUUCUGUUGCUGUUUCUGCCAUAGGGCUUCUUAAGCUUCUUCUGAGGCAUCAACUUCUUACCGACGAGGAAUUGGGUCCUUUAUAUGAUUUGCUCGUUGAUGACCCUCCUCUGAUUAGGCGUGCUAUAGGUGAAUUAGUUUAUGAUCACCUGAUUGCACAAAAUGUGAAGGGUUCAACAUCUGUUUCCAAAGGGGAAGAUGAUAAAACUUCUGAAGUACACUUGGGAAGAAUGUUGCAAAUACUUAGAGAAUUUCCUGAUGAUCCAAUUCUAAGUGCAUACGUUAUUGAUGAUAUUUGGGAUGAUAUGAAGGCCAUGAAAGAUUGGAAGUGCAUGAUUUCCAUGCUUCUUGAUGAAUCUCCAGGAAUUGAAGUUACUGAUGUUGAUGCAACUAAUCUGGUUCGUUUGCUUAACGCUUCUGCCAAGAAGGCAGUUGGAGAGAAGAUUGUUCCAUCCACCGAUAAUCGUAAGCCUCAUUAUACAAAAGCCCAAAAGGAGGCCCUAGAUAAUAACAGGAGAGAUAUAACAGCUGCCUUAAUGAAGAGCUAUCCACAGCUGCUGCAAAAAUUUAUUGCGGAUAAAGCAAAGUUACCUGCAUUAGUUGAAAUUCUUUUGCUUUUGAACCUAGAGCUAUACUCACUUAAAAGGCGGGAGCAGAGUUUUAAGUCUAUUUUGGAUCUGAUUGCCGAAGCAUUCUUUAAACACGGUGAGGAGGAUGCUUUGAAAUCCUGUAUAAAGGCUCUUAUCUUUUGUUCCACCGAGAGUCAAGCGGACUUGCAAGAUUAUGCCAAGAAUAAGCUAAAAGAUCUCGAAAAUGAGUUACUAGUUAAGCUGAAGGCUGCCAUAAAAGCUGUAAAGGUUGGAGAUGAUGAGUAUUCUCUUUUGGUUAAUUUGAAACGGUUGUAUGAGGUUCAGCUGAAGAAAAAUGUUGCUAAUGAUGACUUAUAUGAUGAAUUGGCUAGCAUUCUUAGAGAUGUAAAAGGAUUGGAUGAUGAGGUGCUUGGUUUUGUACUUCUCAAUAUGUAUUUACAGGUAGCUUGGUCUUUGUAUUCAAUUGAUGGUGAGAAUCCCUCCGAGGUCUCUUUAACGGUGCUUUUGUCCAAGAGAACGAAUCUCUUUGAGCAGCUAGAACACCUCAUGGACUCCUUGGUCGUAGUCCAUGAGGAAAGGCGUCGAACAGUUCUUCCAUUCAGAGUUUCCAUCAUACUAGCAGAAAUGUGGAACUUGUUCAAGACUUCAAAAUAUGCAUCCACAAAACUGGAGAGUCUAGGAUAUUGCCCAGAUUUAUCAACUGUUCAGAAGUUUUGGAAACUUUGUGAACAGAUACUUAACAUUUCAGAUGAGACUGAAGAUGAAUUUGCAAAUGAAGAAUAUAUUGAAGAAGAGUAUCUUGGUCCAGAGAUCAUUUCGCAUUUUGUGAUGCAUGGGACGAGCACUUCAGAAAUCAUCAAGCAUCUGAUUACAGUUCUAAAGAAAACUUCCAAUGACAUUCCUGAAAUGUUUCUAGAGGCACUGAAAAGGGCUUACCAGCGUCAUACGGAGGAACAAUUGAAGAGUAAUUAUGUAACCGUCACGGGAAAGUCUUUUACAGAUUGUGUGGAACUGGCCAAUAGGCUUUCAGCAACAUUUUCGGGCGCUGCUCGUAACAAGUUUAGAUUGGACAUUUUAAAGAUUGUUAAGGAUGGUAUUUCUUUUGCUUUUAUUGAUGCUCCGAAGCAGCUGUCUUUUUUGGAGGCAGCCGUUCUCUCAUUCGUGCCUAAACUUGUACCGUCGGAUAUCCUUGAAAUCUUGAGAGAUGUGAAGAAAAGAGCAGAGAAUGUGAACCCAUACGAAAAUCCUAGUGGUUGGCGUCCUUAUCAUGCAUUUAUUGAGCAAUUGCAUGAAAAAUAUGCCAAAAAUGAGGUUAUGCCAG